GCGAGAAAGCGUCGUCGUCGUGUCUCGGAUGGCUGCACAGAAGCACAUUUGGCCACCACUUGGAACAUUUGGCUCGAGCGAUUCGCUACUCGCGUGCGCUCACACUUGUCGCUUUGCUGCCUAUUCGACAAGAACGAAGACGAGCCAAUUUGUUCAUGUGCCUGGACUUCAAGAAUAGGGUUAGUCGAUACAAGUGGCCGAUUCCUCGCUAGACUUAAAUCUUGAAACAGGUCUGCAGACACGUCGAAUUGUUAGGCAUGGCUACUCCUGUUCCUGCUCCGAAUGUUGUUAACAUCGACGCUUGGAGUGACAUUUCAUGUCCAUGGUGUUAUGUCGGCAAGACCCGCCUUGAUCAAGCAAUUCUGAAUAUUCAAGCCAAAACUCAAACUCCUCGAAUCGUUGUGAAAUGGCAUCCAUACAUGAUUGAUAAGAAGACUAGACCAGAGGGUGAGGAGUAUUUGGCCUAUAACAAACGUCGAUGGGGCUCCGAUUCUUGGACUCAAGACUUGCGGAGAUCAGGUGCCAAAAACGGUUUGAAGUUCGGAAAUUGGCGAUGGUGGCCGAAUACUCUCAAUGCCCACAGGCUAAUACUUCUAGCCGAAACCUAUGGCAGAGGUCCUGAUGCCAAGCAACUUUUGCUUCUGAAAACUUACGAGGAAGGUGCAAAUGUUUCAAAGCUUGACGUCCUUAUUUCGGUGGCGAAUGAACUUGGCUUGCCUGGUGCUGAGGAGUAUCUUAAAUCAGAUCAAGGGACAGAGGACGUACUGGCGAUGGAUUCACGUGCCAAAUCUGCCCUAGGAAUACAUUCAGUCCCUCAUUUUAGGAUAAAUAACAGACUCUCUCUUUCUGGAGCUCAGGAUGUUACAACUUUUGAAGCUGCAAUCUCAAAAGCGAUCAAGCAGACGCAAGAAUGAGCAGCGUUUGUCAUAAUUGAAACUUGUUGCGGGAUAACUUCCAGCCAGCAGAAGCAUUUCAUUUGUCCAAGUGAAUCUGGGAGAGAUGCGGAUAGCGGUAUAAUUAGAACAAACUGAGGAUGUUCCUGUACAGAUUUAGAAGACGACAUCCAGCAUUGCUUGUAAGUUGGUCGAAGACGGCCACAAACAUGAUGAAGUAGAUUAUGUAACUAUAUUCUGCCCUGAAACUUUUCCUACGAUGUAAUACUCUUAAUUUGGCGCACAUUACUGAAACCACGGUCGAAUUCGAGCUUGA